AUGCUCAAGGUAAAAAAUGGUGGCACGUAUACACCUGUAGCACUUAUUCCUAAAACGACAGUGAUAUUUUUUCCACGUUCUGCAGACACAAUUUUUGCAACUCUUCGUGCACCAGUUGGAGAAAUAACUUUUGGUAGUUUAGUUGGCACGCUAGAGAUACCAGAUUCGUCCACAUUGAAUAUCUGGCUGGCAUUAAAAUGUUUUUCAAGUUCAAAUACGAUUAUAAGCACUAAAAAAUGGCUUCAAUUUAAUGUGGAACCAUUAGAUGACAUUUUAAUUAAGUGGAAAGAAACUUCGAAACAUCUUAAGCAAUUUCUUCAUUUGAACACUACUAAUAUUGCUGACAUCAUUGAAAAUUGGCCAAUGUACAAACAAGCAUUUGGGCAUCAGUUGAUUGAUAUUGAUUUUGAUGUUUUACAUCCUGGAAAAGGUGGAUUGCUCUUUGAUAAAUGGGACAGUUUUAUUAAAAAAAUUGUACCAUUGAUGAAGAGUACAAUUAAGGAGGCCAACAGCAGAGAUUUGUUAAACCAAGUUGAAAAUUGUUGUGAUACUAAUCUAGAUAAAAAGAAUCUAUUAAUAUUAGAUUUGAUGAACUCAUUGUUGGUUCCCACAUGUAGAACAAGUGUAAAAGACAAAACCACAAAUAAAAAGAGAAUUGUUAAGACAUCAAUUGCUGAUGGCCGCAAAGCGUUUUUACUCCAAGUGCCAUCAAUGAAUGAUCUUCAUAUGCAAAUUCAAGUUCAUAUUGAUGAUGGCUACUAAAAUAAUCUAUCUUUGCAGCCGUUGAUUUGUGUUGUAAGUACAAGUGGUGAUGAGAUAGCAAAAGAGUAUUUUGUUUAUUAUUUUGAUACUUUCUACAAAUUUUCUAAUAUUGUAAAAGCAUUAGAUAUAUGUUUCAAAAUUUUU